AUGGCAGAACGCCCAGAGGACCUCAACUUGCCCAAUGCUGUUAUCACUCGCAUCAUCAAGGACAUGCUACCUGAAGGCAUAUCAGUAGCCAAGGAGGCUCGCAUUCAUAAGAAGUCUCAGCAAAACAAAAAAGAGCAAAAAGAAGCAAAAGCAAAAGCAAAGAAAGCUGAAGAAGCAAAUAAAAACUCUGGGUCAGCAGAAGAGAACAGUGAGGAUGCUGACAUGACAAUGGAGGUUUCAGAGACAGACAAGGAAAAUGGAGAAGACCAAGAAGUUGCCGACUAG